CUAUUAUACCUUCAUACAUCUCCAUUCAAAACACCCAUAACAACCGUUCAACACUCAGAAUAUCACAAGGUCCCAGUAUCUAUACCACGUUUCACACAGACAGAUCUUGGAUUAUAGUAGUAAUUAAUUAACUUUGUAAUACACUGAAUCAUUCAAUUUUCAGACAUCCAGGCAGGAUGUAAGUUCUUCUGCAGUAGUCUUCAUCAUUUCUCAGUCUGAAAAUUUCUCCUCUCCUCCUCUUUCCGCCACCACCACCACCGCCAACCACCACCACUACCGUUUGGUCCGUUUCUCCCCCACCUUCUUUCUUGUUAUUACUCUGAAAAUUCAGAAGAAGGAAAAUUUUCAUCUCAUCUUCUUAUUGUUUACUAGAAUUCUCGAUCAUCUUCAUCUCCUCAAUUUCUUUGUAUUUUUUCAUUCUUAAUUACUAAUAAUCCAGAGAAAGGUAUCUGAAUUUUUUGUUUCAGAUUUUUUCUUCAAUUCAAAAUUCCUUUUAUUGGAUGGUUUUUUUCUUCAGUGCAAUUGGAUCAGAAUUAGAGUAGUUUAAUUUAAUUUAGGAUGACGAUAAUUUCAUUACCUGGUAGCUCAGGGUAUUUGAAUCCAACAGAAAUUACUGGGAAAAAAGUUACAUAUUUCAGUAACCGUUAUGUACUAGGGUUAACUCUUACUGCUGGUAUUGGUGGAUUGCUCUUUGGAUAUGAUACAGGUGUUAUAUCUGGGGCCCUUCUGUACAUUAAAGAUGAUUUCCCGGUGGUUAAUAAUAACAACUUCUUACAGGAGACAAUUGUUAGCAUGGCAAUCUUUGGAGCAAUUAUUGGAGCCGCAGUUGGUGGGUGGUUGAAUGAUGCACAUGGACGUAAAAAAGCUACUCUUAUUGCUGAUGUAAUCUUUGCAGUUGGUUCAGUUGUCAUGGCUGCUGCACCAGAUCCGUACGUUCUUAUCUUUGGCCGACUCUUGGUUGGCUUGGGCAUUGGUGCUGCAUCUGUUACAGCUCCUGUCUACAUUGCAGAAGCAUCUCCAUCUGAAAUAAGGGGAGGACUAGUGAGCACAAAUGUCCUGAUGAUUACUGGUGGCCAGUUUCUUUCGUAUCUUGUUAACCUAGCUUUCACUGAGGUUCCCGGGACAUGGCGUUGGAUGCUUGGAGUUUCUGGUGUACCAGCUGUUGUUCAGUUCAUUCUGAUGCUUUUCUUACCUGAAUCUCCUCGCUGGCUCUACAUGAAGAAUGAGAAAUCUGAGGCUAUUGCUGUGCUUUCUAAAAUCUAUGAUCCCGAUCGGUUGGAAGUGGAAGUAGACCUGCUAUCUGCUGCUUUAGAGGAAGAAACUCUAUCUAAAAAUUCAGUGAAGUACACCGAUGUAUUUAAAUCUAAGGAAAUCAGGCUCGCAUUUCUUGCUGGAGCUGGUCUGCAGGCGUUUCAGCAAUUCACUGGAAUCAACACAGUAAUGUAUUACAGUCCCACAAUCGUACAGAUGGCUGGAUUUACUUCAAACAAGUUGGCAUUACUCCUCUCCCUUAUUGUGGCUGGCAUGAACGCUAUUGGAACAGUGUUGGGAAUCAUCCUAAUAGAUCGCUUUGGAAGACGCCGACUAGCCCUUACCAGUUUGUUUGGUGUGGUGUUAUCUCUAAUAGUUCUUUCUGGAGCAUUCUUCUUACAGUCAUCGCAAUCUUUUUCAGAAAUCUGUGAGGCUUACAUCCUCAACGGAAGCUGCAAAAGCAGUUCUGCUUGGUUCGCUAUUGCAGGAUUAGUACUUUACAUAGCCUUCUUCUCCCCCGGCAUGGGUCCUGUACCAUGGGCGGUAAACUCUGAGAUAUAUCCAGGGAAGUACCGCGGAGUUUGCGGUGGGAUGUCUGCUACAGUAAAUUGGAUUUCAAAUCUUAUUGUAGCACAAUCUUUCCUCUCAAUUGCUGCUGCUGUGGGCACUGCUUCCACAUUUUUGAUUCUUGCUGGGGUGGCUGUCAUCGCCAUCUUUUUUGUGCUCGCUUUUGUACCGGAAACAAAAGGUUUAAGCUUUGAGCAGGUAGAGAGGCUCUGGAAAGUAAGAGCUUGGGGGAGUGCUUACGAGACAGAAAGUCUCCUUGAGAAUGGUAGUGAUAGAAAUGGUAUAUAUGUAGCAUAGCUUCUUCCACUAUUUCAAUUAGAUGAGUUUAUCUCUGUAUUGAUAUGUUUACUAGGAAAUGAGCUCUGUAAAAAAGAAGUCAAUAAUUUGAAGGAAAGCACUGUAAAGUUUGAAGGGUUUGUGUUGAAUAGUCGCUUGGUUGCAAACAAACAGUUCAGAUAAAGUAGGCUUCUGAAGUUUUAUGCCUAAAUUUAUGGGGAUUGGCAUACAGUUCAGCUGAAGUUUGCUUCUAAA